UGCCAAAUAAACCAUAGGGUAUAUGCACAACCAUCCUUCUCAGGGGCGAUGGGUUUUGGUGUUCCCAUUUCAAAGAGAGAAAAUUGAGGCCCGGGUGGAGAAGGGGCCGCACGAGGUCACAUGGAGCCGGCGGCAGGGGUAGGUUUCCGGCCCCGGGGCCUAUAGAUAAGACUAAACAGUCUCCAAGGCACUCUCGCAGAGGUGACCUAAAGGGUCAGCCUCACAGACGGCAGCGCGGUGCGUGGUGCGUCAGUCUGCCGAGCCCUUGGAAGUAACGUGGGCUCAGACCCCUUUCUCCACACCAGAGGCUCAUAUUACAAGUGCACACGCGACACAACAGGUUCCGGGGGCAGCUCAUUCCGCAAACUGAUGAACUGGCACCACACUGCCUAGCCGCCGGCUCGGAACACAAUCCUGUACCUUUAACUUCGGUGUGCUUCAGAAAGUCCCGCCCCCAAGGAAGCGCGCAGCUCGGUAGGGGGCGUGGCUUGCUUUGCCACAGGCUGAAUAGUGUAGUAUUUUGGAGCGAGGACGCGGGGUUGAGCGCUCUCAUUGGAGGCAGCUCCUGCCCGUCUGCAUGCUUUUCGGAGUCAGCAGCCGCAAAACAUUCGGGUCCUGAGUUCUUCACAUUCCAUUCUCAGGCAGGGACCCGUCUGGAUUUGGGACCCGAGGAGACCCGCUGCGUCUGCUGGUCGCUGCGCUGAAGCCUCGACGCAGGCAGACAGACAUGGCAGAGUUCUCCCAGAAACGGGGGAAGCGGCAUGAUGACGACGUGUGGGGCAGCGCUGUGGACUUCCUCCUGGCUAAUGCCCGCCUGGUGCUGGGUGUGAGCGGGGCUGCCGUGCUGGGUAUUGCCACCCUGGCUGUGAAGCGGCUCAUUGACAGGGCUACCAGCCCUCAGGACGAGGAUGACAUCAAGGGAGAUGCCACAUGCCUGGAAGACAGUUGGAAGGAACUGAGCCUGCUCAAGGGCACGCCAUGCCAACAGCCCCGGUCCUCACCUGCUGCACUCAGCCAUCCUGUGCUUCUCUCGGCCCCCUCACUCUUUGCCCCAGAGGGGCCCGCAGAUGCUGACCCUCAGCCGGCUCCUCAGCGUAGCUCGCCAGCACCACUGUGUCUGACGUUCCAGGAAAGGCUGUUGGCAUACGAGCGAGACCGUGUGAGCAUCCCAGUGUCUCAUGUGGCUCUGGCCAAACAGUUGGCUGGUGACAUUGCCCUGGAGCUGCAGGCCUACUUGCAGAGCAAGUUCCCAGAACUACCUUUUGGGGCACUUGUACCUGGGGGACCACUUUAUGAUGGUCUGCAGGCAGGGGCUGCUGACCACGUGCGUCUCCUGGUGCCUCUGGUGCUGGAGCCAGGCCUGUGGAGGCUAGUGCCUGGCGUGGACACUGUGGCCAGGGACCCUCGCUGCUGGGCUGUGCGCAGGACUCAGCUUGAAUUCUGCCCCCGUGGAAGUAGCCCCUGGGACCGCUUUUUGGUGGGAGGCUAUCUCUCUUCCCGUGUCCUGCUGGAACUGCUCCGCAAGGCCCUGGCUGCCUCCGUCAACUGGCCAGCUAUUGGCAGCCUUCUCGGAUGCUUGAUCCAGCCCAACAUGGCCUCAGAGGAGCUGCGGCUUGAGGUCCAGCAUGAGCGCCUGGAGUUCACUGUUGCUGUGCUCCUAGUGGUCACUGGGGCUGAUACGGAGGAUCGGCUCCUUCUGGCUUGGCCCCUGGAAGGGCUGGCUGGGAACUUCUGGCUACAGGACUUGUACCUGGCAGAAGCUGCCAGGCUUCGAGCUUUGGAUGACGGUGAUUUGGGGACCCGCCGUCGGCUGUUGCUGCUGCUUUGUAGUGUCUGCCAAGGCCAUCCGGCCCUGCGGCAGCUGAGCCGGGGCCACCUGACCCAGGUGGUUCUCCGUCUAGGAGAGGAGGAUGUGAACUGGGCUGAAGAGGCCUUGGGUGCACGCUUCCUGCAGGCAGUGGAGCUGCUCAUCGGCAGCCUAGAGCAGGCCAGCCUACCCUGCCAUUUCAACCCCGCGGUGAACCUCUUCGACAGCCUGCGCCCGCAGGAGAUUGAUGACAUGGGUUACGCACUAUACUUCGGCCUGCAGGCCCCGGAGGGGCUGCUGUAGAUGGGUGGGACGGCCGGCAGCACGUGUUCUGAUGCUGGUGAGCUGCACGCUCCUCUCUUCCAGGGAUUUGGAGGCCAGUUUUUUUGCUUUUUGCCAGGAUAAAAGAGGGUGCAUUACCUAAGCCUGCAGGGUUAGCAUGUGCAUAGGCAACAGUCACUGGAACUUCUAAGUUCAGAGAGCUUGGGUUGCUGUCACCUGAGCAUGGCUGUGGCGCCUCACAGGCAGCCUGGAAUGCCAGCCUCUCACACACUCCCCCUUGGUCUUAUGGACUGACCCCGGACUUGGGUUUGGUCCAUUGUCACCAGCAGUGAAUCCGCUGACAGGAAAUGGCUUCUGCUGUUCUAGGCAGUAGAUAAGGCCAGCUGUUUUUCUGUUGAGAGGGUGAGUUUGGUGCUUUGCUUGGGUGCCAGCUCCAGGCAUCUCUAGGCCUCUGGAGUAGGAUGGUAAACACCGUGUGUUGUUUACCCCCAUGGGCAGUGUCACCUGGUGCCUGCAGGACGUGGCUUUGGCUGGCUUAGAGCCUGGGGUUUUCCACUGUUAUCUGUGGCCUAGUUUGCUUGUUGAGCUCUUCUCCAUUCUGGAGUGGGAGCUUAGCCUGAUGAGCUGCCCGCCUCAUGCCUUUGAGCACCAGGUGAGCUUCCUCUUUGAGCAGUGGAGGCCCCUGGGAGAGCCUCUUCCCCACUGGAGGAGCCGAGGUUCUGUGCUGCCUGCCUUGCCCAGAGCCAAGGGUGUCCCGCUAGCCACUGGUGGGCCCGGCGAGAGAGCAGAGGCUGGUGUGUAGGCUGGCCUCCCCAGUGCCCAAAUGACUGCCCUCAGCUGAUGCCUGUGUUCUCACUGAAGCCUGUCAAGGUGGGGAAUAGGAAAGGGAGGGUCUGCCUCCCCUCCCAGGUAUUCCUCCUAUCUUCGGUAUCCUUCCUGCUGAAGCAGACCUGUGCCUCCAAGAAUGUGAACAAGAAUAAAAGCAAUGAUUCACAAGGA